AUGUCCAAUUUCGCUCAGCGUGGUUCCGCGCGAGGGGGCUAUACAGGAGGUGUUUUCUCUAACUUGCACGGGAGUGACAGUCAAAAAGGCUCUAGAGGCAACCGUCGUGGACGCGGAUAUGGUAGAGGGGGGUAUAGAGGUUCUAUACCGGUUGUUUGGCCGCCACCAGAUGUCGAUCGGCCGGGAGACCGUGUCAUCACAGAGGGAUUGUCGUCAUCUGCUCUUGAGACUCUGGAAAUACCGACGAUAGGUGCUGGUGCGUCAAGCUUCUCUGGAGCACUCCAGGAAAACGUCGAGUACCUUUGCUCGUACAACUUCGUCGACUCCGAAGGAGAACCGACGAUCUUGGUUCCUGGAGCUCCUCCCGUGUGGAAUAACCCAAAGGUGCCAUUCACGCUGCGACCGGACAGGGAGAUGACAUAUGUCGAUCAAAACUCGUUUCGCGUACCAGCAUGCACAUACUACCCUAUGUUUGCUGCUAUCGAGUCCAUAGGAUCCGCGAUCUCCUGGCCUGACGUAGACGUUGUAACCGAUCGCAACGGGUUGCGCAAACUCUUGCGAUGGAUACAUGGCAAUGCAACGCGGGAGUUCCGCAUUGACCUCGAGCGUGGAGGAGACAAUACCCUCUUUCUCUUCCGCUGGGAGAAGCGUCAUCGGGAGAUGCCUACCGGCAGGUCAUAUGGCUUCACAUUCGAAGAAGAGACUACGAACGAAGUACCCGGCUGCCAGGGGAGCACUGGACAUCAUCGCGUCAUCAAAUACGAUUACUUCGGACUCAGGAUGGUGGUCCGCUUCGAGGUCGACGCGUGCGCGCGCGUGCCCGCCAGUGAAACGCAGCCCACUGGCCGGGUCGACACGGACGAACUAGACUCGCUGCUGGACUCCCUUGACGUUGGUUCAUCUCGCACGAUCCCUCCUGAAAGCGCUACUCGUACUUCGUACCCCGUCAAGGUCAUCAAAGCAGGCGCAAUAGUGGCCCAGGAAGAUCUCAUCGAGCUCACGUCGCGAUCCGUCAACUACGUCGACCCAUUCGACUGGGAAGAACAACUUCCUCAGCUCUACCUAUCGUCCACGCCCCAGCUAUUUAUAGGCGUGCACCAGCGCGGCACAUUCGAAGCGGUACGCGAGCACGACCUGAACGAUGCGGCGCUGGUGAAGCUGCGGCGCGACGCUGGCUCGAGCUAUGAAAAGCUUGGUCGUGCGCUGGAGACCAUCCAAGCCCUUGUCGCAGAGUAUGGACCGGAUGAACACCUCAGUCUCUUAUGCAAGGACGGCGUCCUUAAGCUAUACCGUCGGACGGAUGGGCAGUCACGUUUGCCCGCGGAUCUCCGCGAGAAGUUUAGUACAAAGGACUGA